AGUACCACCCCUUACUUUCUCCUAAUUCAAUCAAAACUCAUUCUCACACCUUAUUAUCAAACAAAGAAAUACUAAGUAGUGUUCUCUAAAUUCUGCCACUAUGAAUACUCAAGUGCUCUUUAGUCUCACUUUAACUCUCUUCAUUGUUGCAGGGGCAAAUGCGACUACCAUCACCAUGAAAAACAACUGCCAAAGACCCAUCUGGCCAGCAACCCUAACCGGCGACCAGAAACCUCAACUCUCAACAACCGGUUUCGAGUUAGCACCCGGCGCUAGCCGUUCCGUGGACAUCCCAGGGGGACGUUGGACCGGCCGUUUCUGGGGCCGAGAUCGUUGCUCGACCGACGCAUCCGGUAGGUUCAAGUGCGCCUCCGGCGACUGUGGAUCCGGUAGGGUGGAGUGCAACGGUGCAGGCGGAGCUCCUCCGGCCACUCUGAUCGAACUGACCGUCGAAGGAAGCGGAGGACAAGAUUUCUACGACGUGAGCAACGUGGACGGGUUCAACAUUCCCGCCUCGGUUGUGCCACAAGGUGGUAGAGGUGAAUGCAAGCAGUCAUCGUGCCCGGCCAACAUCAACGCCGCCUGCCCGGCUCAGCUCCAGUUGAAAUCUGGAAACGACGUCGUUGGGUGUCUGAGCGCUUGCACCAAGUUCAACGAGGACAAGUACUGUUGUAGAGGGGCUCAUGAUAAGCCAGAGACAUGUCCUCCGAGUGAAUUUUCUAAAUUCUUCAAGGAUCAAUGCCCUGAAGCUUACAGCUACGCUUAUGAUGAUAAGACCAGCACCUUUACUUGCUUCGGUGGACCUAACUAUCUCAUCACUUUCUGCCCAUGAGAGAUUAUUAUUGUAUAAGAAAAAAAGGAUUUAUAUAUUACAGAAAUAUUGUUAAAGAUAAGAAUAAAUAAUGUUGAUCAUGCAUGUUUGAUUACAUUGUCAAACAAUAUAUAAUAUCUUAUACGAAUAA